CACCCGUCCAGAGCCACCUUAAAAGCAGGAGGCAACUGGAAGUAGCUGGCCAGCAAGUGAAGACUCCAAAGAAAGGUAAAAAGAGAGAGGGCAGAAAGAGAAGCAGUGAGAUUUAUCCUGGGACCAGAAACUCACGGUACCCCCACGGAAAACCAAAUCCCUUGGAAGCCUGCAGAGACACAAAGACAGCAAGAGAGAAAGACAAAUACACUCAACUCCGGGAAACUCCUGUCCUCCCCCCAGCAACCCCGCCCCUCUCUCCCUCCCCCAUCUCUCUCCCUGCCCUAGUCCUCUAGUCCCCAGACCCCCAGUACCUUGCACUCCUUCCGGCCACACCAUGUUGUUCUUCACCCUCCUGCUAGAGGUGAUUUGGAUCCUGACUGCCAACGGGGGUCAACACUGGACGUAUGAGGGUGAGAGCAGAAACCCAGGCCUACCAACGCCCCUUCCUCACUGGGACCUCUUCACCUGGUCCACAUGGUCAAGACCACUGGCCCGCCUCUUACCCUGAAUGUGGAAGCAAUGCCCAGUCCCCCAUCAAUAUCCAGACAGACAGUGUGACUUUUGACCCUGACUUGCUACCUCUGCAGCCCCAUGGAUAUGAACAGCCUGGCACUGAGCCUUUGAACCUGCACAAUAAUGGCCACACAGUACAACUCUCUCUGCCCUCUACCCUGUAUCUGGAAGGACUUCCCCGAAAAUAUGUAGCUGCCCAGCUCCACCUGCACUGGGGUCAGAAAGGAACCCCCUGGGGGUCAGAGCACCUGAUCAACGGCAAAGCCACAGCUGCAGAGCUCCACAUCGUACAUUAUGACUCUGAGUCCUACGAAAGCCUGAGUGAGGCUGCUCAGAGGCCUCAGGGCCUGGCUGUCUUGGGCAUCCUCAUUGAGGUGGGUGAGACUAAGAAUCCAGCUUAUGAACACAUUCUGAGUCACUUGCAUGAAAUCAAGCAUAAAGAUCAGAAGACCUCCGUGCCUCCCUUCAAUGUGAGAGGGCUGCUCCCGCCGCUGCUGGCACAGUACUUCCGUUACAAUGGCUCACUUACCACUCCACCCUGCUACCAGAGUGUGCUCUGGACAGUCUUCCAUCGAAGGGCCCAGAUUUCCACAGAACAGCUGGAAAAGCUUCGGGAGACAUUGUUCUCCACGGAGGAGGAGCCCUCUGAGCCACUGGUACAGAACUACCGAGCCCCCCAGCCUCUCAAUCAGCGGAUGGUCUUUGCUUCUUUCAUCCAAGUGGGACCCUCGUAUACCACAGGUGAAAUGUUGAGUUUGGGAGUAGGAAUCCUGGUUGGCUGUCUCUGCCUUCUGCUGGCUGUUUAUUUCAUCGCUAGAAAGAUCCGGAGGAAGAGACUAAGAAACCGGAAAAGUGUGGUCUUCACUUCAGCACGAGCCACCGAGGCAUAGACUCCUUCCUGGACACUUCAGAUGCCUUCCACUUGCUCGGCUGUCACGGCGCUUGUCAAGUGAGGCGCUGGAACUGGCCAGAAAAUACUGUAGGAGUAGGCCAACACCCCUCUUUCCUCCAGACAGUCCCUACACAGCGGUAUGGACAGGCUCUCAUUCAAGGAAGAACAACAGAACCUUCAGCCUCUCAGAACAUGGAGAUCAGGACAGCCCUACGGUGACAGUGCGGAGGCUCAACUGUGUGUAGCUGUAGGGGGAUGUGGCCCACAGUCCCCCGUCCCCUCAUCUUUAUAACCCUGUCCCUAGAUAGAGCUGUAAGAGCUCCCCUUAGGAAAAAGGGUUGCUGCUGUUUAUUUUGGUUUUUUUUUUUGCUCAAUAUAUUUGGAAAUUAAAGCUGCUGACCCCA